UGCUAUCGAUAGCAGUGGACAAAAACAGCUGAUUGAUAAAAGUUGAAGGCAUAGCCAAAAUAUUACAAAAAAUCUUGUUAUUAAACGCCAUUUAAGAUGCAACACACUUUAAGGCGCUGCCUAACCAUGGCAAGCAUACCAAAAAUGCGCUGUUAUGCCACAUUGCCACAUGCCCCCGAACAGAACAAGAAGCAAACGAGCCGCAACCAACAAUUACCUCGUCUCAUGGACUUUCCGGAGAUCAUUUGGCCAUCGGCAUUAAACACAAUUAAAAAUUGGAUAACCGUACAGUUUAUAAUUCGACCAUAUUUCGACAGCGAGUUUCAGAUUAAAGACUUCAUCUAUGGCGCCAAACAAGCGCUGCAGGUGGUUUCAUCGAAAUUGACGGGCGGCGAUUUGAAUCAGUUGCAAGAUCUUGUUAGUGCCGAUGCCAUUGCUGAACUCAAGCCCGUGGUACAGAAGCUGUCAAUGACGCAGCGAAAGCAAUUAGAGAUCAAUGAGAGCGACAUCUAUCUAUCGUUUCCCUAUCAGAUUGGCAUUAUGUUCGACGAUGCCAACGAUCAGUUGCAGAAACGUUGGGUAGAAAUCACCAUGGUGUUUCACGUAAUGCGUGGAUUGUCCGAGAUGCGUGAACGCGGUGAGGAAAUACCCUGGAAUAUGGGCACUAUGCCAGAGUAUCAGGACAAGGUGUUCAUCUGCAACUAUCGCUUCAAGAAGGAAUUUACGGCGGGACAACAAUCAGAUUGGACCAUCAAUGUGGCUAAUCAUUUUAGAGCCAUCGAUCUGAUUAACGAAGAGUCCAAAUAACAAAGACUCUAUUGACUCUAAGCUAAACUAUGGCUAUAUUUUGAUUUAGCUGUAAUCCUUCUCCAUUUAACCCUGCUCCAAGUUUGGAAUAAAUUUUUGCGUUGAAUUAUUUUUAUAGGUAUGAGACAGAAAAA